AUGGCCACAAAGAAAGUACCAUUGAUUCGUGUAGAUGAAGACUACAUUGACAUGAUAAUGAGUCCUUAUGACAAAUUAUCUCCCAAACAACAAACCAGAGGCUUUGCAAGAUCACAGUCUUGCAGGUUUAGGGCUGAUUCAAACCCAACCGAAUAUCAAUUCCAAUGUUCCACCAAAGCAAAGGAACAUUGGUCAAAGAAGGUGAAAUAUGCUAAGAAAUCCCUGCUGGUUCAAAAGCUGAAGUCUUACAAAGCUUACUUAAAAUCUCUGUUUACCAAAACUGCUUGUUCAGCUGAUAAGUCCAAUGUAGUAGAAAUGAACAAACCAAAAUGUCCCCAUAAUGAGGAGGGUAAGAGAAAAUCAUUUCAGAAUAUUUAUGAUGAAAAGAGGAGAUCUUCUGCAUCUUCAUAUUUUUCGAUCAACUUAGCUGAGAAUUAUAAUAGGCUCAGCGUGAAUUCUGAGACGGAGGAAGGUUCAAUUGCCGAAGCUAUCGCUCAUUGUAAACAGUCUCAGCAGGGGAAUGGUUCAAACAAAGACUCACAUGAAUGA